CUGACCACCAUUUCAGUUGACGACUUCAAAAAUCUUCUGUCGCUUUUGAAUAUAUAAAAAACUUAACUUUCUCUUUCUCUCCAUAAACAAAAAAGAAAUGAAAAUCUUCUAUUUCUAAAUAUUAUAUAUAUGUGUUCUUCAUCUCUCAGACCCACACAUCUUCAAUUCAAUUGCUUCUUCAGGCAGCUUGGUCUUAUUGUUAACAAAUACACAAUAAGACAAUGCUUGAGAAAGAAUUCUUUACCGAAUAUGGAGAAGCAAGCCAGUAUGAGAUACAGGAAGUAAUAGGAAAAGGAAGUUAUGGAGUGGUAGCAUCUGCAAUAGACACACACACAGGUGAAAAAGUUGCAAUCAAGAAAAUGAACAAUAUCUUUGAACAUGUUUCCGAUGCAACUCGUAUUCUUCGAGAAAUCAAGCUUCUUCGCCUCCUUAAACAUCCUGAUAUUGUUGAAAUUAAGCAUAUUAUGCUUCCUCCUUCCCCAAGAGAAUUUAAAGAUAUCUAUGUCGUGUUUGAAUUGAUGGAGUCAGAUCUUCAUCAAGUUAUUAAGUUGAAUGAUGAUUUAACUCCUGAACAUCAUCAGUUUUUCUUGUACCAGCUUCUUCGUGCUCUCAAAUAUAUACACUCAGCGCAUGUAUUUCAUAGGGAUUUAAAGCCAAAAAAUAUUCUUGCAAAUGCAGACUGCAAGCUAAAGCUUUGUGACUUUGGGCUUGCUCGUGUGUCAUUUACUAAUGCCCCUUCUGCCAUUUUUUGGACAGAUUAUGUUGCAACUCGGUGGUACCGUGCUCCUGAGCUUUGUGGUUCUUUCUCCUCCAAGUAUACCCCUGCUAUUGAUAUCUGGAGCAUUGGGUGUAUAUUUGCCGAGUUGCUAACAGGGAAACCCUUGUUUCCUGGAAAAAAUGUGGUUCAUGAGUUGGAUAUCAUAACUGAUGUGCUUGGCACUCCUUCAGAAGAAUCUAUUGCACGGAUUGGGAAUGAAAAGGCUAGAAAAUAUUUGAAUAGCAUGAGGAAAAAGCGCCCAGUUCCUUUGUCCAAAAAAAUCCCAAAUGCAGAUCCAAUGGCUCUGCGAUUACUUGAGCAUCUGCUGGCAUUUGACCCUAAGGAUCGUCCAUCUGCUGAAGAGGCAUUAGCAGAUCCGUAUUUUGAUGGUCUGGCAAAUAAGGAGAAUGAACCGUCAAGACAACCCAUUUCAAAGCUUGAAUUUGAAUUUGAAAGGAGGAAAUUGACAAAAGAUGAUGUCAGAGAGCUAAUUUACAGAGAGAUUUUGGAGUACCAUCCAGAGAUGCUGAAAGAGUACCUACGGGGAACUGAUCAGACUCACUUUGUAUAUCCAAGUGGAGUUGAUCGCUUCAGGGAACAAUUUGCACAUCUUGAGGAAGGAAAUGGUAGGAGUGAAAGAAACAGUCCUCUUCAUAGGAAGCAUGCCACCUCCUUGCCCAGGGAGAGGAUAUGCACAUCUGAUGAAGAUGAUAUUGUCAUAAAGCGCAGUUCAUCUUCUGUUACUCGUGCAACUCUACAGAGUCCUCCACAGUCGGAAGCAACUGAAGAGUUGGAAUUAACCGAAGAGGUGCAAUCAACUGAAGAGCUAGAAUCUUUAAACAGAAAUGCAGUAGCUAUGCAGACAAGCUCUAACAAACCAAAGUGUAGCACCCGUAGCCUGAUGAAGAGUGACAGUAUUUGCGCUUCAAUGUGCAUUGGCAUGGUUGGAAAUGAUCGUGAAGUCCACGCUGUUUGAUUUAUGUUAGGAGGUUAUUUUUCUUUGCUUGCAAACAUUAAGGUCCCCUGUAGGGAGGGGUUAGAAAAUACAUUUAUUCAGCUAACAAACUGCUGGAACUUAGGAUAGGUUAGCCCUCUUCUAUUUCUCUUUGUAUGCUAUUGCCAUUAAGACAUUUCUAUUGCUUGCUUUAGUUAAUGGUGCAUAAAUGUGAAGUGCAAGUUCAGAAAA